GAACACUUCGUCACUUUAUGUAUAUAUCCUACACACACAGUCACACUUUUCCGCGUUGAACAAAGUCUCUUCUCUUUCAUCUCAUUCUCCAUCGUCACCGUUCUCUCUCUCUCUCUCUCUCUCUCUCUCUUCAAUGGCAGAAUCUUCACCGAAACCAGUUCCUCUGUUGAAGGAUGAGCUUGACAUCGUCAUCCCCACCAUCCGCAACCUCGAUUUCUUGGAGAUGUGGAGACCCUUCUUCCAACCUUAUCAUCUCAUAAUCGUUCAAGAUGGUGACCCUACAAAGACCAUCAAGGUACCCGAAGGAUUCGACUACGAACUCUUCAAUCGCAACGAUAUCAACCGGAUCUUAGGUCCCAAGGCCAAUUGCAUCUCCUUCAAGGACUCUGCGUGUCGUUGCUUUGGUUACAUGGUCUCUAAGAAGAAGUACAUCUACACCAUCGAUGAUGAUUGCUUCGUUGCUAAAGACCCAUCUGGCAAGGAUAUCAAUGCACUUGAGCAGCACAUUAAGAAUCUCCUAUGUCCAGCCACUCCAUUUUUCUUCAAUACCCUUUAUGAUCCUUACAGGGAAGGUGCUGAUUUCGUUCGUGGAUACCCUUUUAGUCUUCGUGAGGGUGCCCCCACUGCUGUUUCUCACGGCCUUUGGCUCAACAUACCUGAUUAUGAUGCUCCAACACAGCUUGUCAAACCCCGUGAGAGGAACACCAGGUAUGUUGAUGCUGUUUUGACCAUUCCCAAAGGAACAUUGUUCCCCAUGUGUGGUAUGAAUCUGGCCUUUGACCGUGAGCUGAUUGGACCUGCAAUGUACUUUGGACUCAUGGGUGAGGGUCAGCCUAUCGGACGAUACGACGAUAUGUGGGCCGGUUGGUGUGUGAAGGUUAUCUGUGACCAUUUGGGCUUAGGGGUGAAGACCGGUCUUCCAUACAUAUGGCACAGCAAAGCAAGCAACCCAUUUGUCAAUCUGAAGAAGGAGUACAAAGGCAUCUUCUGGCAAGAAGAAAUCAUUCCAUUUUUCCAAAGUGUCACCCUUCCAAAAGAGAGCACUUCUGUUCAAAAAUGCUACCUUGAACUCUCCAAGCAAGUCAAAGAGAAGCUUGGGGCUGUUGACCCCUACUUCAUCAAACUAGCAGAUGCUAUGGUCACUUGGAUUGAAGCUUGGGAUGAGCUUAACAACACAUCUCAAGCAAAUUCUUCAAAGCAAGCUAAUGGUGAUGCCAAGUGAACUUCUUGUAGUUCAGGAGUUUAGUUUUGAAAUGGAGUUAGUUCCUUUCUUGUCAGUUUAAAUUUAUCGUCUUGGUCAUCGUAUUAGUUAUCAUUAUUUUUAUUUAUAUUGCAAGAUUACAGAACAAUUUAUUGAUAUUGAUGUCAUGAUUAUUACUAUUUAUAUUAUUCUUAUUAUAGAUAUGAUCCUUAUUGUAUUUCAGUAUAGAUUUUUCUCCCAUUAUGGGUGGAGCCUUAGACAUUUGAUCCAGCUUAGUGGAUGUGAGCUUUU